UCCUGCUCCCGGAGCUGGGGAGCCCCGGGCCGGGCAGCCAGCUCUGCGGGGCCCAUCCUGCCCAUUGGCCUCCAGGUCUCUGCCUGCGGGUCUGGCCCCGACCCGCCGCCCACAGCAGCCUCGUCCUGGAAGGACGCCCAUGACCUCAGAGGCCCCUUCCAGAAGCCGCCGCGCCAGGAGCGGGAUGCUGCGGAGGCAGGUCCCGGAGGAGGACAGUACCAUCCUGAUCGACGUGGCCCCCGGGGCCGAGAAUGGGGACUCGUACGGGAGCACAGCCCACACCUCAGAGCGCAGUGGAGGCCAGGAGGCGGCCGGCCGGGUGGGGAGUCCUUCCGAGCCCCAGAUCGACUUCGUCCUCGUUUGGGAGGAAGACCUGAGGCUGGGCCGGCCGCCGGACAGCGCGCCCCGGGACAAGGCGGCCACGCACGCGGCCUGGAGGGACACCUUCCUGGAGAACCUCCGCGCAGCCGGGCUACACGUGGACCAGCGCCACGUCCGCAACGCCUCGAGCGCCGUGCACUACGUCCUGCUCAGCGCGCCCUGGGCCGUGCUCUGCUACCACGCGGAGGACCUGCGCCUCAAGCUGCCCCUGCAGGAGCUGCCCAACCAGGCCUCCCACUGGUCAGCGAGGCUGCUGGCGAGGCUGGGCAUCCCCAACGUCCUGCAGGAGGACGUGCCCGACGUGCCGCCCGAGUACUACACCUGUGAGUUCAAGGUCAGCAAGCUGUCCAGGUACCUCGGGAGCAACAACCCAGACACCUUCUUCAGCAGCACCGACAGGCACCAGAUCCUGUUCGCCAUCCUGGCCAAGACCCCGUAUGGCCACGAGAAGAAAGGCGUGAUCGGGAUCGACCAGCUGCUGGCGGACGGGGUCUUCAGCGCCGCCUUCCCCCUGCACGACGGCCCGUUCAGGCCGCCCCCGGGGUUCCCGCAGGCUGCGGGCCUCGGGCGCAGGCAGCUCCUGUUCCAGUACUGGGCUCGCUGGCGCAAGUGGAGCAAGUACCAGCCCCUGGAGCACGUGCGCGGGUACUUCGGGGAGAAGGUGGCCCUGUACUUCGCCUGGCUCGGCUUCUACACGGCCUGGCUCCUGCCGGCGGCCGCCGUGGGCACGCUGGUGUUCCUGGUGGGCUGCUGCAUGGUGUCCUCGGACACACCCACGCAGGAGCUGUGCGGGAGCGCGGAGGACCUGCAGAUGUGCCCGCGGUGCGCCGACUGCCCCUUCUGGCCGCUGUCCAGCGCCUGCGCCCUGGCCCAGGCCGGCCGCCUCUUCGACCACGGCGGCACCGUGUUCUUCAGCGCGUUCGUGGCGCUCUGGGCCGCGCUGCUGCUGGCGCACUGGAGGCGCUCGAGCGCCGCGCUGGCGCACCGCUGGGGCUGCUCCCACUACGAGGACCUCGAGGAGAGGCCUCGGCCUCAGUUCGCCGCCUCGGCGCCCACGACGGCCCCGAACCCGGUCACGGGUGAGGACGAGCCCUACUUCCCGCGGCGGCUCCGCGUGCGCCGGGUGCUGGCCGGCUCCGUGCUGGUGGUGAUGCUGGUGGCCGUGGUCGUCAUGUGCCUGGUGUCCGUCAUCCUGUGCCGCGGCAUCCUGGCCGCCCUCGUGUCCAGGUCGAGCAGCGCCCCCGUCGCCAGCUGGGCCUCGCGCAUCGCCAGCUUCACCGGGUCGCUGGUGAACCUGGUCUUCAUCCUCGUCCUCUCCAAGAUCUACGUGGCCCUGGCCCGCGUCCUGACGCGAUGGGAAAUGCACCGCACCCAGACCAAGUUCGAGGACGCCUUCACCCUCAAGGUGUUCAUCUUCCAGUUCGUCAACUUCUACUCGUCGCCCAUCUACGUGGCCUUCUUCAAGGGCAGGUUCGUGGGCUACCCCGGCAACUACCACACCUUGUUUGGGGUCCGCAACGAGGAGUGCGCGGCCGGGGGCUGCCUCGUGGAGCUGGCGCAGGAGCUCCUGGUCAUCAUGGUGGGCAAGCAGGUCGUCAACAACGUGCAGGAGGUCCUCGUCCCGCAGCUGCAGGCCUGGUGGCACACGGCCCGGCUGCGCCGCGGGAGGAGGAGGCCCGGGCCUGCCGCGGACCGGGCCCCCUGGGAGGCUGACUACGAGCUGCUGCCCUGUGGGGACCUGUUCCAGGAGUACCUGGAAACGGUGCUGCAGUUCGGCUUCGUCACCAUCUUCGUGGCCGCGUGCCCGCUGGCGCCGCUCUUCGCGCUGCUCAACAACUGGGUGGAGGUCCGCCUGGACGCGCGCAAGCUCGUGUGCCAGCAGCGGCGCCCGGUGGCCCAGCGCGCGCAGGACAUCGGCAUCUGGGCGCACAUCCUGGCGGUCAUCGCGCACCUGGCGGUGGUCAGCAACGCCUUCCUGCUGGCCUUCACCUCCGACUUCCUGCCGCGCACCUACUACCGCUGGACCCACGCCCACGACCUGCGCGGCUUCCUCAACUUCACGCUCGCGCAUGCCCCGCCCGCCUUUGCCGCGGCGCACAACCGCACGUGCAGGUACCAGGCGUUCAGGGAAGAUGAUGGACAGUAUUCCCCGACCUACUGGAAUCUUCUGGCCAUCCGCCUGGCCUUUGUCAUCGUGUUUGAGCACGUGGUAUUCUCCAUCGGCCGGCUCCUCGACCUCCUGGUCCCCGACAUCCCCGAGUCCGUGGAGGUCAAAGUGAAGCGGGAGUACUACCUGGCCAAGCAGGCGCUGGCUGAGAAUGGGGCUCUCUCUGGAGCAGACGGAGCGAAGGACGGCUACUUCCCGGGCUCGGAGAGCAGUCUGGGCCCGCAGCCCCCAGCGCCAGGAGUCGGCCCGGCCCCCCCAGCCCCUUCCCUCUGAGGUCACCGGGUCACCUCAAUUUGGCAGUCCCACCUGGAGCAGGGACUCUAAGGCCCCAAAGACCUCGGAGGCUCACUGGCCCUUCUCAGCCCAGAGCGCUGCGCCCUCGGUGACCCUGGGCCUCUGCUCAUGCACCUGCCUCCCCAGGCCAGCCGGCUGCACCAACGCCGGAGCUGCCCCUGCCGCCUCCCUCCCAGCCCCUUGCCUCUUGCUCCCAGGGCACUGAUCCAUCUCCCACAUGCAACUGGAGAAUCACAUGAGAUGGGAACUAUCUGUGGAUCCCCAGUUACCCCCCCAGAGCAUGUUGAGGACGCCCUGGUCCCACAGGACCAAGACAAGACGUGUCGCGCGAUAAAAUGAGUUCUAGCACGCUAUAUCCGAUUCCGGGUUUUAUUUUAGAAUUUAUAAAAUUCCAGUGUCAUCCAUAUUCAUAAGCCUUUACACACGUUUGCAUAUAAUCUCCAGAUUCCAAAGUUAAGGCCAAGGGACGGAUCAUAGCUAUGGACACACGUGGUACGGAAGACAUUCGACAAAGGAAAUGGACACACGCAGGGCCCACCCUGCCCGGGGCCCACCAGCAGCAGGAGCGGCUGCGGGAGGCCAGGCCGGCACAGGGUCACCAAGCGGCCUUUAGUAACAACCCCCGAAGACAGAGCACACAAGAUCCCAAAUACAGUUCGCGGAAGGGGCGUGGUUCGCAUCUACGGACAUUUAGCAAUAAAUGCAGAUGUGCAAAAA